UUUUAAUCUAUAAAAUUUCGAAAUUUUUUCAAAAUCUUCGAAAUUUAAAAUAUUAUUAAUUUUUAAAUAUAUUCUUUAAUCUUUAAAUAAUUUAAAUAUAUUUUCUAUUUUUUAAAAAAUUUCGAAAUUUUAAUAUAUAAAAUUUCGAAUUUUUUUAAAAGUUUCGAAAUUUAAUAUAUUAUUUUUUUUAUAUCAAAAAAUAUAUAUAUUAAAAUGUCGAGAGAGUCCGGUAGAAGGUCCGUGGAUAUGGGCGUCGUGAACCAAAGUUCGAGGAAAGGCAAAGCUAAAGCCACCUCUGACGGUUCGACCUCACGCGUUUCUCGAGGAAGACACUCCGUCUCUUCCUUUCCUACUAUCCCCGAUCACUUAAUCGGGGACGCUAUGACGGAUGAAGAAUUCGACCAUAUUUAUUCUGGUAGAGGGGACGCAAAUCUCCCCACUCUUGAUAGUGUAUUCGAAGAUCUUGAUGAAGCAAAUCUGGAUAAUCUGGACGGGGACGAGGAGCCUACACCGCAGAGCAACGACGUCGACGUGGAGGCAGCGACGAACAAAAUAAGCAAAAAAUGGCCGAAAUGAUUUGUGAAGAAAAUUUUCCAUACAUGUUUUCUGAAAAACUUGGAUUUAUUGAUUAUUGUCAACAGGCAUUAAACCCUCAAGCACGAGGUUUUUCAAGAAAAACAAUUAAACGAGAAAUUAUUCGUCAGUAUAAAACUGGAAAAAUAAAUUUGGCAAAUUUUUUUCUCAAUUUUAAUUCUCGUGUUGCUAUUUGUUCUGAUA